AAUGAAGAUUGAUUGGGUGGUGCGGUGUCAAGUUUCAUACGCACGUUGCUUACCCCAGCGGCAACGCGCAUUUCUCACCUAAAUCCCAAAAGAUAUAAGUAGAAUCUCCCGUGUCCUGACAACUAUCUUGACUCAUCAAUUUUCUCGAUAACUCAGGUCGUCUCCUUUUUGACUCAGUCUCACAAAACCACGCUCAAUCAUAUCUACUUCCCCAUUUUUCCUUCACUUCCUGCAUAUUCUUUGAUCCGUUUUCUCCCAUGGAAACUUUGUUUACGAGAUUGGGCUUCUCUUUCUUCCUUCUUUAUUUCUUGGUCUCUUGCGAUCUCUCUUUAUCUUUCUCUCCGGUGGACAAUUAUCUCGUCAAUUGUGGCGCCUUGCUGGAUGCCACCGUAGAUAAUCGUCGCUUCGUCUCCGACUCGUCCGAUUCUUCUCACUCGCAUCUCUCCUCACCUCAAUUGUUCUCACUCUGUGCUGGAACUUUGCUGCCGGGUCUGCCUCCGAUCUAUCAUACCGCCAGGGUUUUCAAGGCACCGUCUAAAUAUGUUUUCGAUGUCAAGGAUCCAGGGACACACAUGUUACGUCUCCAUUUUCACCGAUUCAGUUCACCACAAUUGAAUCUUGCUGACUCUAAAUUUCACGUUUUGGUUAAUGGGUUGGUAGCUUUGACCAAUUUUAGUGGUGGGGGUUCGGUGGGUCCUAAGGUUAUCGAAUAUUUGCUUUGGUUUAACUCUGAAAAGGUUGAAAUUACUUUUCUUCCUGCUGAAAAAUCGAAAUUUGCUUUUGUUAGUGCGAUUGAAGUGAUAUCUGCACCUAAAGAUUUGAUACUUGAAACUGCUCAGUCUGUGAAUGGUGAUAAAGUUGAGAAUUUAAAUAAACAAGCAUUUGAAGUUAUGUAUAGGGUAACUAUAGGAGGUCCUAAAGUCACUCCAUUUAAUGAUUCUCUGUGGAGGACUUGGUUGCCUGAUGACGACUACUUUAAAUCGAAGGAAGGAUCAAAUAGGGUGUAUUUUAGUGGUAGGAUUAAGUACCAAGAAGGUGGUGCAAGUCGUGAAGUUGGUCCUGAUAAUGUAUAUAAUUCGGCUCGGUUAAUCGAGAGCAAGAAUGCUUCGAUUCCUAAUGUGAACCUUUCAUGGGAGUUUCCGGUGAUUGAGGGUUAUCAGUAUCUUGUUAGACUCCAUUUCUGCGAUAUUGCUAGCAUAUCCCUUGGAUUGUUGUUUUUCAAUGUUUAUGUUAAUGGACAUUUGGCAUAUAAAGAUUUGGAUCCUUCGGCUGUUACCAAUUAUUUGUUGGCUUCUCCGUUUUUUGUGGACUUGGUAGUUGAUGCUGAUCAUUCCGGGAUAGUGAAUGUAACUGUUGGACCUUCGAACAAGAGCAUGGCAUACGCGGUGGAUGCUAUCCUAAAUGGAGUGGAGAUCAUGAAGAUAAGUAACUGGAUGGGUAGUUUCGACGGUACUUUGCCUGCAGAGUCAGUUUUGAAGUGUUUGCCAAGGAAAAGAAGAGUUGGUUUUCUGCUUCCUUUGAUUGCUCUUGUGUGUUUAUUGCUGAGCUUAUCAGCAAUCAUACGUAGGAGGAAUGAAAAGGUGGAGUCAGUGCUAUGGUCAAAAUUGCCAAUGGAGGUCCAUGAAAUUUCUCCAAAGCAAGGUAAACAACAAUUAUCAAGUAAAGUAUAAAUACAUGGUUAUGGAUCCACUGGGUUUUGUGAUAUAAUACCGCAUACUAAUGGUGGCUAUCAGUUCCCAUCAUAUUAAAUAGUUUGUUUGAGUUUGAAAUUUGUGAAGGAGCUUUGUGUCUGUAAACAGAAUAGAAUGUUGUGUUCCAGUUUAUCUCAUCAUGUUUGUGAUUGGAUUGAUGCUAUUGGGAUGGUUUAUUUAAUGUAAUAAAUAUUUCACCAUGAAA